CACUGCUUAUCUAUCGUCUCGCCAAAAACUUGAUAACAUCAAUGCGCGUACACAUACAAUUACAAUGCAAUUCUUAUUGCAAUCGCACUCUUCGAUAUGUAUCGCAAAAGUAUUCUUUAUCUUUUCCUUGUCAUUUUUGAACUGUUUUUGCUACCGCCAAAAAUUUACAAAUCGACACGUGUCAAUGCACAGCACACAAAUACAGCGCCUGCUCGUCACGCGAGACAUGUGACCCGUUUAAAGUUUCACCGUAUGUGGAAUUACCGUGAGAACGAUUGCAGUUCGCUCACUGUUAGUGCGGAUAUUCCACCUUCCUGAAGUAUACGCGACAAGUUAGCGCUUGACGAGCUGUUCUAGGUUAGGUUAUGUUGCUGUGUUUAUAGUCAUCGCGGUCUAAUUGAUUCUCCUCGCGUGCACAGUCCGUCAUCAUCGGCGAAGUUCGGUCGUUGCCUGUGCGAAAUAUGAGAAGGACAUACACUGGGACAUCUGGAUUAGUUUAUCUUCUCUUCGGAGUAUCCUAACUACUGCGUCGCGUCUGCAAGCUAACUUGAUAACUACCUCAAGGUUCGCAAUUUUCGCAACGUUCUUCCUGUUUUGAUUUUCUUUCCGACUACACAGUUGUGAUAUGAGUGUUGGUUUAUCCAUGUAUGAUGGCUUGGAGAACGAGACUACUUCUGAUAAUGGCUUGGAUAAUACCGGAAGUACUACAAAAAAACUGGCUAGGGGUAUUUCUCGUGCAACUGAAAAUGCAGCAAUUGUUUCCUAUGCUCGUACACAAUUGGCAUCUUUAGGCGUUCUUGAUACACCAGAAUUCACAUUCUCACUGCCUGAUUUGUCUGUAUAUCCAGAUUCAUUCCGUAAAUUCUUGGAGAAAGAUCUUAUAGAGAAUGGAUGUUUAACCUCUCUCGAAGCUGCAGGACGUUUAAACUGGUGGUACAAGAGUGGCAGUACUAGAAUUCUCUGGCCGCUAGCAACAUCUGGAGAUGGUAAUUGUUUGCUUCACGCUGCUUCAUUAGGAAUGUGGGGUUUUCAUGAUAGAUUGCUUACUCUAAGAGAAGCGCUGUACAAUACUCUAGCUAAAGGAGAAUACAGACAUGCUCUAUUCAGACGGUGGAAGUGGAGACAAACAGACCUAAAUGCUGCUGCUAAUUUAUCAUAUACAGAAGCAGAGUGGUUAUCUGAAUGGCAAAGUAUAGUAGACAUGGCCUCUCCCGCGAUUAGAAACCAAACUGUUACAUCUUAUCAGAGUCUCGAAGAGAUACACGUUUUAGCCUUGGCUCAUGCUUUAAAAAGGCCUAUAAUAGUUAUAGCAGAAACUAUGUUGAAAGAUUCUGAAGGAGUGGCCUUUGCGCCGAUCCCGUUCGGCGGUGUAUAUCUGCCUUUGGAAGUGCUACCCUCACGUUGUCAUAGAACUCCCUUACUCUUAGCGUAUCAUUCUGCUCAUUUUUCACCGCUUGUUACGGUAGAUGGAUGCAACGAUUAUGGCAAUGCUUGCGGCGAAGGAGUCAGUAUACCACUGGUCGAUCCGGAUACUGGUAAACUGUUGCCAAUUUUAUUCGCUGUGGAUCCUGGUCCUGAUUGGAACUGGACCGAUGGUUUACGAGAUUUGUUAACUUGUACGCAGGAUACCAUAGAAAGUCUGUUACGAAAAUAUCUGGACUGCGAGUAUCAAAGUUUUACAUCUGAAGAUAUCGAUAGGCUUUCCGAUGCAGAUGGUUCAUUAUCGAAAACAGCGAGACAAUUAAUAGAGGUAGCAAAACAAUUUGGUUCUCUUGGUAGAUCCGUCAGUAAAAAAUUAUGGUCUAAUAUGACUAAUAAAAGGUCAAAAAGUCCGCCUUCGUCAAGCGGAAUUUCUACUGAGGGUUUGUUGUGCGUGAGAAUAAAAAGUAGACGUCACCAGUAUGUAGAUCAAAUGCUUCAAAAUUAUCUUCAGUGUGCCCAUGCAAGAUAUCUACAAGAUCAUCAAGUAGAUGAUACGGGAAGCGAACUGAAUUACGGUGCCGGAAAGUCUAAAUUUUAUGCUGCCAGUGAUCGCGAUAGUCAUGCGAGCGUUAGCAAAUUGUUACCUACUAAUACAAAUAAGGAUCGUACGCUUUAUCUUUCAAGAUCCACAUUUUAUAACAAUCAAUCUCCAUUAAGUAGCACGGAGCCAGAGAUCUGGAACAGUAGUGACGAUGUAAAGUACGUUGUGAAAGAGUGUCGCUCUGAACACUGCCAAUUCUUUGGAUCACCGGAAAACGAAUACUAUUGCUCACAAUGCUGGGCUAAUCGACGUUAUCGUUAGAUAACUUUCGUCCUUAAUCACACAUGACAAUAAUAUCAGUUUACUAUCGCUCGAAUAAAAUAUUAAAUAAUUGCUAGACGUAAAGCUAGCUUCAUGCUUAUGAAAAUAUCCCGCCAACAUAUCGUUGCUAACAUUGCGCUGUUGUUUUAAGUUUGUUUUAACUUUUUCUUGUUUUCUCUCGCGUAUAUAUAUUAUUUAUUAACAUUCUUAA